UGGAAGCGCGAGAAGCUGCGCUGUGACACCUGUAGAAGAACCAGACCUCAUCAAGGACACGUUUCCUUCCCCCGCCAACAGAGAAGGCUCACAGAUCCCGCAAAGCAUGAAGGUGCAGGUGAUCCUCCCGGUGUCUCUGGUCCUGUCUGUGGCAUUGCUGGGUGUCUUGAAAAUCCGGAAAAAGGAGAGCGACAGGGAGCUCAAGAAGGGAGAUUUCGAGAAUGUCAAGCUGCGGGUGACCAACGAUGUGCUGGGAGAGUACAAGCGAGAGCUGGCGGAGACGGAGAAUCGGGUGGAGACGACCCAGACUGAGAUGACGGGGCUGGAGAAGGAGACGAACGAGCUCCGGUUCAAAGUAACUAAGACGCAGACCGACUUUGGCUCGUGCGACGGUGCCAGGAAAACUGCACAAGAUGGGCUGGCAGCGGUCGAGUCACAAAUGAAUAAUCUCAAAGCUGAAACGGAGAAGGAGGAGAGCGGCUGGAAAACAGAAGUGGACACACUGAAAAGUCAGCUGGCAGCACGGAGCGCAGUCUGUGACCAUCUGAAAAAGGACGCCCAUGUAGGCAACUUGUGUGACGCUAAGGCAGCCCCAAAAGAGGAGCCUAAAGCAGAGUCACCUCAAGCAGAGACUCCGAAACCGGAUGAACCAAAAGCAGAGGAGGCUAAAGCAGAGGCUCCAAAAGCAGAGGAGGCUAAAGCAGAGGCUCCAAAAGCAGAGGAGGCUAAAGCAGAGGCUCCAAAAGCAGAGGAGGCUAAAGCAGAGGCUCCAAAAGCAGAGGAAACUAAAGCAGAGGAAGCUAAAGCAGAGGCUCCAAAAGCAGAGGAAGCUAAAGCAGAGGAAACUAAAGCAGAGGCUCCAAAGGCAGAGGAAGCUAAAGCAGAGGCUCCAAAAGCAGAGGAAACUAAAGCAGAGGAAGCUAAAGCAGAGGCUCCAAAGGCAGAGGAAGCUAAAGCAGAGGCUCCAAAGGCAGAGGAAGCUAAAGCUGAGGCUCCCAAGUAGAGACACUCUCACAAAACUUCAUCUGUUAAACAGAAACACAGUCUAGGACGUUGUUUUACUGGGUCGCUGUCACAUGUUGUAUGAGUAGGAACCUUUAGGAACAUUUGACUCCUCAGGUUUCGCACCUGCUCAUUGGGAUGUUAAAGAACAUAUUUCUUUUCAGUCUGCUAUUUAUUUUUAUGCAACAACCUGAUGAAGAACGUGGAUAUAUUUUGUACAGUAUGUGUGAUAAAUGCUUUGUAUAAACAGGUUUUUACAAUGCAAAUAUAUUAUGCUGUUAGGGUCAAGAGUCCACUCAAGUUUGUUACUGAAAGUCAAUGUGAGAAGAAAAAGCCUGUCUUCAUGUAUUCAGCGACGGUGAUUGUCUGGCAUAAUUCAGUUUGUAUUUAUGGCUCAAAAGAAAUAAAUAUGCAGAUGUAAAGCAAAUCUUGUUCUUAAAGUCGGGCUAUCUUGUCAGUAAUUGACAUUUUCCAAUAAAUUGUCAAGACCAUUCAACAUAAAUCUCUUACAUCUAAAGACAUUUGGUAUUCAGUGGUGAAAGUAAAAGUAUAGAUGCCACAACAGCAAAUAAUAGUCCUCAAAUUUUAACUUGAGUAACGGUGCAGAAGUAUUAUCAGUCGAAUGCCCAGUAUCAAAAGUAAAGGUACCCACUAACAAUGCU